AUGCUUUCAAAUUCAAUGUUAAUUGCUUCUUCUCUGUUUUCACCAUCACCUUCCACCAUCUUCGGUUCCCGCAAGCUUUGUUCUUCCUUCAAAACCAUCUCAAAACAAAGCCACGCAUUUCUCCACAGAAACCCCUUUCUCCCGCACCACUUGAAUUUGGGUUCCAAAAGGGCCCUUUCUUCAAUUUGCUUUUACAACGCUGGAGACAAGGCAUUCUACUCUCUCCCCCCUUUAACUAUUUAUCUAUUCCUACGCAAUUACUUUCCCAGAAUUUCUGAAUCGGGAUUGGAAUGGCCAAUUCUCAGGCGAUGGGAGGUGCCUUGGCAAUGGCAAACAGUUUCAUUGACCUCUCUUGCUUGUGGAUUGGGCUUUGUGUUGACAGGUUUGACUGAAGCAAUUGCUCUCCCAUAUCUAGGGAUCAAACCAGAUGUGCUCAGUUUAGAUGACAAGGCAGAGAUACUUUUGUUAGAUCAGGGCAUCACAACUGCUGUUGUACUUGGAAUCAUAUUUAGUGUUGCCAACACUUUCCAGCCACUUCCUGAAGACUUCUUCAAAUACGAUUUGAGGGAACCUUUCAAUCUUGAAAAGGGUUGGCUUUUGUGGGCUGGAGUUGGACUUGUUGGUGCCAUUAUUGCCAUUGCAUUGACAGGAGUUGCUGUGUCUUUCUUCAGUGGAGAAACCCCACAAAGAGAGACUGACGCUCUUGUUCGAUUGCUUCCAUUAAUUGGAUCUUCAAAUCUCAGUACUGCCUGCUUGGUGGGCAUCACAGGUGUUCUUGCUCCACUCCUUGAAGAAACUGUAUUUCGAGGAUUUUUUAUGACUUCUCUGACUAAGUGGGUUCCUACGCCAGUUGCUGUUGUCAUUAGCGCCACUGUGUUUUCCCUCGCACAUCUCACUCCUGGAGAAUUUCCGCAGUUGUUUGUUCUAGGAACUGCUUUGGGGUUUUCUUACGCUCAAACUCACAACCUUCUCACUCCCAUCACUAUCCAUGCCUUUUGGAAUUCAGGAGUGAUACUAUUUCUUACUUUUCUGCAGGUUCAAGGGUACGAUAUCAGAGAAUUGUUGCAGGCAACUUGA